CAUGCGCACUUGCCAAGCGAAACGGCUUUUGACCCGUAUAAGCUAUACAAUUAAUUAUUUGACAAAACACCCCGAGUUUGAGUUUAAUUUCAUUAAUGUAACUUAAAAACAUAGUCAUUGCUUUUAAAAAAAACAAAUACAAGCGAUAUUCGUUUUGGACUAAUGCGUUUGUUCCAGCAGGACAGUAAAUUAACACGGUAAUGCUGCAGUAGUGAAGUUGCCAACGAGUCACUAGAAUAAAGUGGAACCAAGAGCGACUAGAGUUACAGAGAACCGAUAACAUAGAGAUCAGCCGGUCCUAAGUCUGCUUCCGAUCUUGGAUUGAUAACGUGGCACAAAUCUCGCCAAGAUGGAAUUUGGUGCGAUUCUUGCACUAUCAGUAUUAAUAGGUGCGCUGGUUAUUCUAGUUGCAGUGGCUGUUGGCAGACAGAAAGGUGAAUUAUCUGAGCAGAAUGAACAGAAAAAAGACACAGAUGCACCAGUGGAAGAAAAUGCAGUGAAAGCGCCUUCAAAAAAGCAGAAGCAACAACAGCGCCCCCGCAAGGAAAGACCGCAGCAGCACACAUUCACGCACCAACUACUGUCUUCUGUUCUAAAGAGUCACAGUGGCAACGUGACCUGCUUGGAUUUUAGUAGCAAUGGCAAAUACCUUGCGUCUUGCGCAGAUGACCGUACCAUCAGGAUCUGGAGCACCAAAGACUUCCUGGAGCGAGAUCACAAGUCCUUGCGGGCCAACAUAGAGUUUGACAAUGCCACAUUCGUCCGGUUCAGUCCUGACUCUCGAGCCUUCAUAACUUGGUUGUCCAACGGAGAGACCAUUCGCAUCUAUAAGAUGAUUAAAAAGGAGGAUGGGACAUUCAAUUUUAAAGCUGCUCCAGAGGAUUUUCCACAGAAGCACAAGGGGAUUGUUAUUAACAUUGGAAUUGCAGAGACAGGCAAAUUUAUUAUGUCUGCCUCUGUUGACACCACCAUUGUGAUCUGGGAUCUGAAAGGAGAUGUUUUAGCUACUAUCAACACUAAUCAGAUGACCAAUUCGCAUGUUGCUAUAUCUCCAUGUGGCAGGUUUGUUGCUUCCUGUGGCUUUACCCCUGAUGUGAAGGUGUGGGAGGUUUGCUUUGGGAAAAGUGGGGAGUUCAAAGAGGUUGCCCGUGCAUUUGAUCUUAAGGGACACUCAGCUGGCGUUUACUCCUUUGAUUUCUCCAAUGACUCCCGCAGAAUGGUGACCGUGUCCAAAGACGGCACGUGGAAGCUGUGGAACACCGAUGUGGAGUACAAGAAACAGCAGGAUCCAUACUUGCUCCGGACUGUCCCAUGUCAGGUGUCAGAGGGAAGCCGCAUAGCCCUGUCUCCUGACGGUCGUGUAGUAGCCAUAUCGAACGGGUGUGAUAUAGCAAUGUACAACGCCAACACUGGUGAAUUAGAGAAAGAGUUUCACAGUGUUCACAGCGAAGAGAUAACCAAUCUUAAGUUUGACAUAAACAACCGUUUCCUAGUGAGUAGUGGGGACCGUGCAAUCCGGGUCUUUCAUAAUGUAACCGGUUACCGUGCUGCCAUCCAGGACAUGCAGAUCAUGCUGAAGAAAGCCUCAAAUGAAGGAAUGAGACAGAGACUCCUGCAGCAGAUUGUGGAUGCUCAGACAGCUCUGGACACUGUGUUUAAUGCUCCAAAGAACUAAAGGUUGCUUUGUGAACAACUCUCUCUGCCGCUGUUGACUGGGACACCACUCUGUUCUUGGUUUUCAAAAUUAAGUGGCUUUGGCAUGCUGAUUUUAAUGAAUAAAUCCAAGUGUUUGUCAUUGGUUUUGUGGUUAGAUUAACGUGAAUACAUGGAUGAUGCUGUGAUACAAUAGCAUUUUAUAGGUCUUUUAGUCAGACUUUGCAAAAGUUGGAUUGGUACAAUGUCUGUCAAACUAAAACUGCCUUAACAUUAAAAAUA